AUGGCUCGCCACGGGGAUAAACGCUCACCAUCACCUGUAGGCAGCACAAACUCUGCAUCAAAACGCGGUCGCAGAGAAGAUGAUCGUUACGACAGAACUCGACGGGACGAAGGACGCAGCUAUCGCCGAUCCCGUAGCCCAGACCGUCGAUACCGUGAUCGUGAUCAUGGCCGCAACCGAGACGUAGGAUACCGCCGACGUGAUCGCUCCCUAGACAGACGUGACGAAGAUAGCUACCGACCCAAUCGCAGAGUUCGGUCCCGUGAACGCCGACGAUCGCGAGACCGAGACGACGAACGUAACCCCCGCCAACGUGCCGACGAAAGAAAUAGCCGACCUAGACGUCCUGAUUCACGCGACCGUGAUGGCAGGCGUACAGAUGAAUCUGCUGACCUGAAGCCCAAGCCUAGACGGGAGGAUAACCGUGACCGUGGUUCACUUCAACCAUCGAAGGUGUCGACGCCCGCACCCGCACCCGCCGCCAAGACUGAAGAGGACAAACAAGCCCAGCGAUUGGCCAAGAUAGAAGCAUGGAAGCUAAAGCAAACAGCUGAGCGCCAACGCAAACAAAUGGAGGAGGAUCUCAAGGGCGGAUCCAAGAACUUUCUUGACGAGAUGGAUCGAAAGUCGGGUUUAAUCUCCGCUACCCCAGCUGACCCUUCCGAUUCUACUCCCUAUCCCGGAAAGUUCGACCCCAAGGCCAUUGCAAAGCAUGUGACAGCCUCAAACUCCGCAGCCCCAGCUGUACUCGGAAACGAUGUUGCAAUACUUAAGUCGACAAAACCCUUGCCUGCCCCCAUCUCUGCUUCCUUGAAACCCACUGGAAAUAUUGGUGCGUUUGGUCUGGGUGCCAAGUCAGUGUUUGAUGCCGAUAAAUCUUUGACUACAAAAACAUUGGGCUUUGGUGAAGAGGAAUCUACCCGUAAAAAGCUUGAGAGGUUACCCACCCCCCCACUUGAUGACGGGCAAGAUAACGUCGCAGAUGAAGCUGCAGAGGAUGAUGAUGUUGACAUGGAAGACGGAGGAACCGAGGAAGAAAUUGCUGCCGCAGCUCGAGCAGCAGUAGAGCGACGAGAGGAGCGGCUUCAAGCCCAGAAUGAUGAUACUCUCAUGGAGGAUGCGCCUACCCAACAGACUGAAAGUACUCAAAUGGAAGUUGAUGAGGCAGAAGAAGUUGAUCCUUUGGAUGUCUACAUGAAUACCCUAGUCGAGAGCGCUCCCCCAAAGAAGACAUUCACUACAUCCUCAACCAAGAAGGUAUCUCAACCCCAGGCCAUCUUUGGGGACGAAGACGAGGUUGAAAUCUCUGCAGUUGGUGAGGAUAAUACAGAUGAAGUUCUAGCCAUGGCAAAGAAAAAGAAAAAGAAGGAAAUCCCCAAAGUCGACCAUACAAAGAUCGAGUACGAGCCGUUCAGAAAGAAGUUUUACACGGAGCCCUCACAUCUUGCAGACAUGACCGAGGAAGAAGUAGCCAACCUUCGUCUUGAGCUGGAUGGAAUCAAGGUACGUGGCCUCGACAUCCCCAAACCCGUCCAAAAAUGGUCGCAGUGUGGCCUGGGUGUCAAAACUCUAGAUGUCGUCGAACGUCUUGGUUAUGAAAGCCUCACGUCAAUUCAAGCCCAGGCAAUUCCUGCAAUCAUGUCUGGCCGUGAUGUUAUUGGCGUCGCAAAAACAGGAUCAGGAAAGACCAUGGCUUUCCUGAUUCCAAUGUUUCGCCACAUUCAAGAUCAGCGACCGCUGGAAAAUAUGGAGGGACCCAUUGGUUUGAUUAUGACACCUACUCGCGAACUCGCAACCCAAAUUCACAAGGAUUGUAAGCCCUUCUUGAAAGCCGUGGGCCUGCGCGCUGUCUGCGCAUAUGGUGGUGCUCCAAUCAAGGACCAGAUUGGUGAACUUAAGCGUGGAGCAGAGAUUAUCGUCGGCACCCCGGGUCGUAUGAUUGAUCUUCUUGCCGCAAACUCAGGACGUGUCACAAACUUACGCCGUGUCACUUACGUUGUUCUUGACGAAGCUGACCGUAUGUUUGAUAUGGGGUUUGAGCCUCAAGUUAUGAAGAUCAUGGCCAAUGUUCGCCCCGAGCGCCAGAUCGUUCUAUUCUCAGCUACAUUCCCUCGCAACAUGGAGGCUCUCGCCCGAAAGGCAUUGAAGAACGCCAUUGAAAUCGUGGUAGGGGGCAAGAGCGUUGUUGCCCCGGAAAUCACUCAAAUUGUCGAGGUUCGCAAUGAGGACCAGAAGUUUGUUCGUCUUUUGGAACUGCUCGGAAACUUGUACUCGGACGAUGCGAAUGAAGAUGCGCGGGCGUUGAUCUUCGUUGAAAAGCAAGAGUCCGCUGACACUCUUCUCAAAGAGCUAAUGCGAAAGGGCUAUCCGUGUAUGUCCAUUCACGGGGGCAAGGACCAAAUUGAUCGCGAUUCUACAAUUGAAGACUUCAAGGCAGGAAUCUUUCCUGUCCUGGUGGCCACCUCUGUCGCCGCUCGCGGUCUCGAUGUGAAGCAGCUGAAGUUAGUCGUCAACUACGAUUCCCCUAAUCACCUGGAAGAUUAUGUCCACCGCGCAGGUCGAACUGGUCGUGCUGGAGCCACGGGUACGGCAGUAACUUUCAUUACGGAGCAUCAAGGACGGUUCGCUGUGGAUAUUGCCAAAGCACUUCGACAAAGUAAGCAGAAAAUUCCCGAGCCUGUUCAAAAGCUGGUGCAAUCUUUCCUGGAGGAAGUAAAGGCUGGCAAGGAAAAUCGUUACACUGGAGGUUUCGGUGGUCAUGGUCUAGAAAAAUUUGACCAGGAGCGCCAGAGUACUCGUCUUCGUGAACGUCGAACUCACAAGACCGGCGAUGAUGCCGAUGAGGAAGAAGAGACGGAGGACAAGGUAGCAGAGGAUGAUGAGCGCUUCAACAAAGCACUUUCGGCUGUGCAGCCUACAGCCAACGCUGAAGCUUCUGCUUCUCCCGUCCCUGGUCCUCUCGUGGGCGUUCCCAAUGGUAUUGAUCUGGAUGGUGAGAUUCAAGUGCACCGAACCGAACGAGAUGCAGACGGAUCAAAGAACAACGCCUGGGACAAGGUGGGGGCUGCGGCGGCCGGUAUCAAUGCACGCUUGAAUAAAACCGGUGUUAUGAGAUCUGGCGUGCCCAUCGACAACCGUGGACCAGAUGCAGGAGCAUUUCACGCUACUGUUGAAAUCAAUGAUUUCCCCCAGAAAGCUCGUUGGGCCGUCACCAACCGCACGAACGUCGCCAAGAUCCUUGAAAGCAGUGGUACAUCAAUAACUACGAAGGGCAAUUACUAUCCGGCUGGCAAAUUACCUGGUCCUACAGAUGGUCCUAAGCUUUACAUCCUUGUUGAAGGUGAGACGGAGAUUUCAGUUACGAACGCCAUUCGCGAGUUGAGACGAUUGCUGAAGGAGGGUACGAUUGCUGCUGCUGACAGUGAAGCUCGUGCCCCUACUAGCGGCCGCUACAAUGUUGUUUAA